GCCGCCGAGACUGGCAGACGAGCAGCCGCCAGCGCAGCAACUUCCGCUGCAGACACCGAACCUGUUCUGCGGCUUUUUGAUCGGGGUUCGGUGGCAAGAGCAGCAAAGUGGCAACGAGAAAAAGGGUUCGAACAUAAUAAUGUCGGACCGAGAGAGUGGUGACGAGCAGCUGCAGGGCCAAAGCAUGAACGAAUACGACCGGAACAGCGGGAUCGAUGGAGCCGGAAGUUCAGAAUUCGAAUCUGUUGAAGGUGGACAGCAGCAGGGGGAGCAAGAGUUGGCCACCAAAAUGCUGCAGAUACAAUCCAAAAGGUUCUACCUGGACGUGAAACAAAACAGAAGAGGUCGUUUCAUCAAAGUAGCAGAGAUUGGAGCUGACGGCCGCCGAAGCCAAAUCUUCCUCGCCCUGUCCACAGCUGCUGAGUUCCGGGACCACCUUUCCACAUUCAGCGAUUUCUACUCGUCACUGGGCCCACCAAACCCAGAAAACGUUCCAGAGGAUGGCAAACUCAAGUCUGAAAUGAUGAUUAAAGAUAAUCGUAGAUACUAUUUGGAUUUGAAGGAGAAUUCUCGCGGAAGAUUUCUCAGGGUAUCACAGACAAUUACAAGAGGAGGGCCAAGAUCGCAAAUCGCGAUUCCAGCACAAGGAAUGAUCGAGUUCAGAGACGCACUCACAGAUUUGCUCGAAGAGUUUGGCACAGACGACGGCGGCUUCAAAGGAGAGUUGCCGGAGGGCCGACACAUGCGCGUUGAGAACAAAAAUUUUUACUUUGACAUUGGACAAAACAAUCGCGGAAUUUACAUGCGCAUCUCAGAGGUGAAAACCAACUUCCGGACUGCCAUCACCAUCCCUGAGAAGUCGUGGGUGCGCUUCCGAGACAUCUUCACCGACUACGUGGACAAAAUGCGCGAAGCCGGCGACAAGAGCAGCGGCGGCGGGGGCGGGACGACGGGCGCCGACGCGACUGGCAGUUCGUCCAGCAAGUGAGAGGGCGCCCUGCUGCGUCGGGACGCUCCGCAACAACGGCUGUUGAUCACCCCCUACCAACUCACGAUGCACCAUCCACAACAAAUAAUGAAAGAGGCGACGACCGAGGACAGCGAGUGAGCCGCUCGCUCUCCUCACCACUCACCCACUCACACAACACACACACACACACAACACGCGAGACACAAACACACAUACACCGAGCGAAUGAAAGAGAAACGCAUACACACACACACAUUAACACACAAACACACACGAAAAUACAGUUGCCCCGCCCCCUUAUACUAAGGGUGGCGAGCCCUAGUGUUAUUGAUACAAUUUUAAUUGUUGUUGUGGUGAGACGCGACAGUAUUUGCCAACCACAUAUCGGAGAAAAUUCCUUUUUGUCCGUACGUACAUGUGUUGAGUUUGUAGAGCACGGAUGAAUGCCCGGGAGAUGAGCGAAUGCGCGAGUGCACGUGCAAGGUUGGCCAAUUCAAAUGAUGAAAUAUUUAAUUACAAGAGACACGAGACUCUACUACCGUAGUUGUAAGCAAAAAUGCUACUUGCAAGAAGAUGAAGAAGCGAAUCCGCGCGAUUCGGUUAUAUGAAAUGCUACAAGCGAGAGAAGAAAGUGAAGAGGAAAAGUGUUUUCGUUGACCGGCGAACGAGUGACUGUGCGAGGGAGUUUUACUAGCGUCUAAACAUAGAGAGAAAAGAGAACUAUGUAUCUAAAUAGGUAACGAACGAGGCGACUUUGGCCGCCGCUGCCGCCAGCUCCAGGCUGAGAAUCCUCCAGUACAAUUCAAAAGUGCGAUAUUCUGCUCUUCAAUUCACCUUAGGAGAUUUGACUUAAAUUCCCAUUUUUGUUGAAAUGAUUAACUUGAUUUUGCCAUAUAAGGAAACCUCCGGUCCGUCCGCCCCUAACAAUUUUUUUUUGCAUUAAACAAGUACACUUUUGUGAUGUUGACAUGAACCACCAGUAAAUUUUUUGAUCCGGCAUUGCUUUUGAGCUACAGACUGGACAAAUGAAAGUCAACAUGUCUGAUGCAAAUCAAAAUACUUAUAAUUUCGGACGGUAUGCGGGUUUCCUUGUUAGCCUCUUUGUUAAUUUAUUAUUUAAGUAGGUGAAUUUGUAAAUCUUCGAAUUCAAAUCUCGCAUUAAGACUUGAAGAGCAGAAACUUGGCUCUUUUUCGGCCUCUAAUACACCGAGCGGGCCUCGAGAAGCGGGGAGCGGCAGGCGAAAGCGUCCUCUAUUGCAAAAAGCGCUUCAAUGUUCCUUCACAGUGGUUAUUUCUCUUGUUAGUUUUUGAUCUUUCCGUCACAAAUUCCGCCGGCCGAGGCGGACGAUAUGUAUUUUGAGUUCGGUUCGAGCCAAUUUGAUUGUUUUGAAGCCGAAUGAAAGCGUCCAGUGGUGUGGUCAAGCGAAGAAUGCUUUCUGAGCAGCUGUGAAUCGAUAACUAUACUGUUUCUCUUGUUUGACAAAAAAAAAUCGUUUUGAGAACGCGGGGAAAGGAAUUCUGCAAUUGUACUUGAUUUGUUGAUAGCUGUGUAACUGUGUCUGCAGAUGACGGGGAUUUGUCAACGUCUACAAUCCCAUGCUAUGGAAAGUGUAUAACUUGCGACGAGUUGAAAACGCUUGUUCGAUCAAAAUUAGUCUGUUUUUUUAAAUGUACAAUCAGCUGUGCUGAUUUCUGUGGUAGGUCAGGCGUGCCCGAGCAAUCAUUUUUAUCCAAUCGGACCUUUGAAACCGUUUUAUAUUUUUACCAAAUCGACUCCGGAAGUCAGCUCUCCACUCGGGGAGUGCCAAUUGAGUUGGCAACCAAAAAUGGGCACGUCCGAUGUGAAUUUUACAUCAAACUUAAAAAAACUGCACACUUAUUUUGUUAAUGAAUUAAUGGUAGACGACGAUGACAAAAAGAAUACACAAUUGGUUCAUCUACUCUGAUUUCAAUUGCUGGAAAAUUGAUUGAAUGAGGGGACCAUGGAUCAAACAAACGUGUCUGUUUAUUUAUUUCUAGCGCCUUUUUGUCACAAAAUUGAGGCGCGGGGGUUGGCUCGGCGCGAUGCACACUGUGCUGGUUCACAACUCGUGCGCGUUUUCGCACGGACUCGAAAUUGAUGCUAGUGGGACCAACGUCCGAAUUGCCGGGCGAAAGAGGGCGAUUGGCGUGAUCAGUCGAAUUGACGCAUUUUUUCCAUUACGGAUAAGGAAGGGUAGGAAGGCAUGACUCGGGAGCCAACCCUCGGCCGCCAAACUGAUUGGCCGUGAUUUUCUGUGCAAAUUGUGUCUGGUACAUGCAUCCGAUUGGUGAUUGACCACGCGGGCGGGAAAAGGCGGAAACUGGUCGGUUCGAUUUACAUCUCUUGCCAAGCAAGUGUGUUUGAUAUUUUCGACUUUGCUGGACCUAAGUCUCGAGUAGUUUGCAGAAUAUGCUUUUGUAAUUUAAUGCGUUUCGGCGGGAAACCGGCUCGUGCGAGUUUGCCGCGUAGACAUUUUCGCAGCUAAAUUUUCAAUCGAAUAUUCCUUCCGAGAUUUCUGAAAUCUGGAACAGUACAAUAUUAUUCCAAGACUGAAAUAAUUUUAAAAACAAAUCUUGUAAUAAUAUUGAAGAUUUAGCCGAAAGAAUGCUACACACGAAAGAAAAUGUUUACGCGGGUGGUCUAGUGCACGCAGGCGGGUGGAAUUUUUCGUUCAUUUCCAGUCGGCAGCGCAAGUAAAGUGAGAAAACGGAAAACGGUGGUGAAGCCAAUCAAGCGCAAGCAGUUGUGUAAGCGAGGAAAUUUUCUAAUGCAAAGAAAAUCCGUAUAAUUAUUAAUUUAGCGUUGUUUCUAAUAAAUGCAAGAAAGAGAGAGGAUGUAAAACAAGCAAAAAACUGUAGGCUUAUUAAGUUACUCCACGCUAUUUAAGGAAGGGUUAUUAGUUUUUACGCGAGGUAUAUAAUUUGUAAAUAUUGGAACAGAAAGAAAGAUGACGAAGAACUAAGUGUUAAGCGCCAAGCAUAUUUAACAGUCGAAUCUUUGGACCGCAUCUCAGCAAAAGGAUAAAAAUGAAACCAGCCGUCAUUUUUACUCUCAUACACGACCCCCAACAGAAUCCAAACGUUCAAAGUAAUGCUCCAUACACUUUACACACACACACACGUUCAGUUCUCCGAAGUAACGCAGUGUUUUUGCUUUAGUUACUAGUCAUAGCAAUAAAGCCCCCGACAGCCUUUUCUCCGACUCACUGUAAAAUAUGUAGGCGCUGAUUCGCCGACUCUUCCUUGCGGAAAAUGACACCAUUUUCUAAAAUAACAAAAAAAGAACAAUUAUUGUAACGAGUUCAAAACGUAUUUUUGGACCGGAGGGACACUUGAAUUGAAUCAGAAUUGAAAUCUUUCGUCACAGUGAAGUUUCCAACCGAGCAGGAAAGGCUGCUGAUUUGUUAUGAUAAAAAGAACGGUGAAAAAAUUCGUUUCCGAACCUAUAUAUUUCUCAUUGAAAUACAGCUAUGAAUCGAUUCUUGUAUUUAAGCGAAGGAUGGUAAUCUUGAAUAAAAUUUAAAAACACAGAUCAUUUUGUAAUAGUGCAUGUGAUGUUCAUGGAUAUAGAUGAAAAAGAAGUUAAAAAAUCGCAAAAAAAUCAAUGAAUAUGAAGGAGAGGAGGAGGAGAAGGUGUAAAAAGAAAGUUUUGUAGUUGAUACACAGACAGAAGAAGAAGUCAGACACAAACAAAAAUCUCUGUUUUCAUUUCUCUCUUGUAUAACGAUAUAAUUGAUCUGUUGGCGGAGACAAAAGAAAGAAACGGUUUAAAAGUAAUUAUAUUCUUAUUUGUAAUAAGCAGGACGAAGAAACGCUAACAACAGAAAAAGUGAAAAAUUGAUGCAGUCUCUUUGACGAAAUAAAAAUUGUGGAAAACACUGCCACUAGCAAAGUA